CUUCAGUAUUUCAGACUGCGCGGUGACGCUGAGAGUCUCUGGUCGUAAGUUGUAGAAGCAGGCGUCGAGGCUCAUCACCUCACCAUGCCUAAGCAAAUCCACGAGAUUAAGGAUUUCCUUCUUACUGCAAGAAGGAAGGAUGCAAGGUCAGUGAAAAUUAUGAGGAGCAGGGAUGUUGUGAAGUUCAAGGUCCGGUGCUCCAAGUACUUGUACACACUUUGUGUGUUUGACCCAGAGAAGGCUGAUAAGUUGAAGCAAUCACUUCCUCCAGGUUUGAGCGUCCAAGAUCUGUGAAAGAACUGCAGAAGUUUUUUAUGUAUUUUAUUUGGUGCCGGAUUCUUAGUUAUUCUAUAGUGCUUUGCACCGGGAGAUGUGUUAUUUUGGCAUGUUUGGAGAAUUUUAUUGUUGCUUGUCGUAUUAAGGAACAUGAUUUUUUGGUCUCUUAUUUUGAAAAGGAAUGAUAUUUAGUUUUAGCUAGA